GUUCCUAUUGGCUGGUGGCGUCACGUGCGCGCCGCUUCCCGAGGGCGGCGACCGGGACCGGGGGAAAGUUACCGGGAGAAAGUUACGGGGGAAAAGUUCCCGGGGGGACCCCGGUACCAGGUGGCUCCGGACCGUCCCCAUGGCGGAGAAACCGGAGUCCCCGGACAGCAGCUGGGUGCUGGCGGGCGGCGAGGGUCUGCCCGUCGAAACGGUGGGUCCGGAGCGGGAUUUGGGCUCCCACGGCGCCGAGGAUGAGGAGCCGGAGGAGGAUGAAGGCACCGGGGACAGCGGCACAGCCAUCACCGUUAACGGCGCAGCCACUGUCGCCCGCCACAGCCCGGGCCCCGCGGGGGACCCGGAGGAGCGUUGGGGACACGGGGACGUGAGCGCGGCGGAUGGCACCGCGGAGCCCGGUGUGACGGAUGGCGGGGAGCACGAGGAGCCCGACGCCGAGGCUGAGCCGCCCCCCUGCCCUGACACCCCCAAAGCAGGGCCACCGACCGAGGAGGGGAGCGGCACCAGCAGUGACGAUGACAUGGAGGGGCUGCUGCGGCGACGGCAGAGCCACGAGCCGCCCCCCGGCCCCCCCCGGCCUGUGCCUGCGCCGCACCGGGGGACACCGGGGGACGGGGACGGACUCGGCGUGAGCAAGUUCCUGCUGGGCGCUGCGGCACUGGUGGCACUGGGACUGCUGGUUAUCUCUGGUGGCAUCUACGACCCGGUGGACGGCCCCGUGGAGAGCGUGGUGAGCCGGGACGUGGCGGCCGGCGAGCAGGACUCACCGCUUCUCACCGACGGCAACGACUCGCAGCCGAAUCCCCCCCUGUCUGACACCGGGGACCCCCCGAGCGUGCAGUCGGUGACGCAGCUGCUGGACAAGCUGGCCAAGGAGAACCAGGAGAUCCGGCUCUUGCAGGCAGAGCUGCAGGCCCAGAAGGACGAGCUGCAGAUGCUGCUGCGCCGGAGCGAGGGUGACACGGAGGCGGCCGAGGCGCAGCAACGCGGUUUGGCCGCCGAAAACGCGCGGCUGCGCGCGGCGCUGGAGCGGGAUGCUGCCGCGCUCCGCGACGCCCGGGCCGAGCUGCAGCGCCUGCGGGCCGGGGGGGCACCGGGCGGCACCGGGGGGGCAGCGGGCGGCACCGGGGAGCCGGCGGCAGAGCCCACGGUGCGGCGGGACGGUGCGGAGCGGCUGGCGGCGCUGCGGCAGGAGCUGGCGGGUGCCCUGGAGCGGGCGCGCGGUGCCGGGGGGCUCGAGGGGCUCGUGGGGGAGCUGAGCGCCCUAGAGCGGCGCCUGGAGCGGGAGCUGGAGGCGGGGGGGACCGAGCCCCCCCCCGGACCCUGGAAAAAGCCCUUCAAGGCGGAGAAGAAGGAGAACAAGCGGCACAAGCGGCACGACGCCCCCCAUGAGUGGGAGAAGAAGGAGCGCGGUAAACCCCAUGGGCACCCCAAGGACCCCCGGCCCCCCCGGGAGCACAAAGCGGGCAAACCCUGGGGAAAAUCAUCUCACGGCCCCCCCCGGCGCAGCCCACAUGAGCUGCCCCCCCUCAGCCGCUACCGGGCACCCCAAGGCUGCUCGGGGGUGAGCGACUGCGCCCGCAAAGAGGGUCUGGAGGCGUUUGGGGUGGCGCUGGAGCCGGUGCGGAAGGCGGAAUUCCUGCGGUUGCUGGAGGGUUUCAUGGAGGGGCUGGGCUGGGGGGGGCACUUCGGGGGGGUGGCCGCGCGGCUGGACGGUGUUUUCGGGGCCGACGGCGCCUUCGCCCACGACCGGCUGCGCUUCGUGGACUUCGUGGAGGACGUGGAGGAGCUGCUGGAGGAGCUGGCGCGGCGGGAAGGCGGCGACGAGGAGGCGGCCGACGGCUUCGAGGGGCUGGUGCGGCGGCACUACGGCGGGAACGGCCGCGCCGGCGGGAAGGAGCGCGGCCGGAGGGACGCACGGCACCACGGAUAGAGAUGGGGGGGUCGCCACAAUAGGAGCUUUUGCCCAGUACCCCCUCUAGGCAGGGGGGACCCCCCCGGUUUGGUUUUGGGGGGCUGGGGUUGCUGUGACACCGCACGGGACCGCGUAGCGCCGGGUCCCCCACCGGAACUGCUGUGUGAUGCUGCACGGGCACCGCGCAAUAAAGGCACCGCUGGGCUGAA